CUGCUCUCUCUGGGCUUGGUUUAGUAAGCAGGUCCCCCCCCCCCCCACAGUGAGUCACUGAGAACACGCAAUCCCAACUGCUGCCUGAGUGACAGCUAGCCGGCGCUCUGGCUUCUUGUUGUCCCUUUAAAAUCCGAAUCCAAGGGUAAUGAUUUAUCAGACUCGUAUUAUCAAGAAAAUGUCAUACGAAGGGCACCUUGCUAUGCACUGACGCAAACCCACUCUUUCCAACGGAGGUAUAGAAAGCUUUGCUCUUGCCUGGGCAAAACCCAGUCCACCCUUUUUGCCUGUACUGCUGUUUUUACUUCUAGCGGUUCCAUCUGAUGCUAUUUGAUAUGGAUUACACCAGCCAGAAGCAGCUUGUCAACAGCCCCGAGACGGUGGCCACCAGGUCUCUGGACAGCGCAGGGAUGAUCCGUAACAGCCCGGAAAGCGAGCAGCCGCAGAACCUGCCUUCCCAAAUCCCGUCCCAGUUAGCCAAGGUGGCCACAGCUCUUUCCGGCGACCACCAGACUCUGCUGCCUGACGAAGAGAAACCAAAUGAUACAGAGAGGACCAAAGUUGGGAUCUGCAAACUCACCCCCGCGCAAGGCAACGCCACCUUCGGCAAAGACGCCAUAGAGCCUUUUCCUCUCCAGAACGCCCCCAGUGCAGGGAACGCAGCACAAGCCAAUAUCGCCCCUUGCAAAAUUCCCCCCUUGCAAAGCACAGACAGGGAGACGAAUCAAAGUCUUGGUAAGAGCACCCUGGAGCAAAACAAUGCCCCUGGCGGUUGGGCGCCCAUGAGCCAGAGCACCGUGGUCUUGGGCACAGAUGGGAACACCUCUGUUCUGCCUGGCAGUCUCGGACAGGAUGACGAUGAAGGGGAUGAAAAUAAAGCCCGGGGCAACUGGUCUAGCAAGCUGGACUUCAUCCUGUCCAUGGUGGGUUAUGCAGUAGGGCUGGGCAAUGUCUGGAGGUUCCCGUACCUGGCCUUUAAGAAUGGGGGAGGUGCAUUUCUUAUCCCCUACUUGACAAUGUUGGCUCUGGCUGGGAUUCCAAUCUUCUUCCUGGAAGUUUCUCUGGGGCAGUUUGCUAGUCAGGGACCCGUGUCUGUUUGGAAAGCCAUCCCUGCCUUACAAGGCUGUGGCAUUGCUAUGCUGAUUAUCUCUGUCCUAAUAGCCAUAUAUUAUAAUAUUAUAUUGUGCUACACACUUUUCUACCUUUUUGCAUCAUUUGUACGUGUGUUGCCUUGGGCUUCCUGUAACAAUCCAUGGAACACACCGGAUUGUAGAGAUAAAAACAAACUUUUGCUAGAUUCCUGCAUCAUUGGUGACCACCCCAAAAUACAAAUAAAGAACUCUACUUUCUGUAUGAGUGCCUAUCCAAACUUGACAAUGGUAAACUACACCAGCCGUGUCAACAAAACUUUUGUCAGUGGCAGUGAAGAGUACUUCAAGUACUUUGCAUUGAAGAUUUCUGCAGGAAUCGAAUAUCCUGGUGAAAUCAGGUGGCCUUUGGUAUUCACCCUCUUUCUGGCUUGGGCGAUUGUUUAUGCCUCCCUGGCUAAAGGAAUCAAGUCAUCAGGAAAAGUGGUGUACUUUACAGCUACAUUCCCUUAUGUAGUACUCAUCAUCUUGCUAAUCAGAGGUGUAACCCUGCCAGGAGCUGGGGCUGGAAUUUGGUACUUCAUCACACCUAAAUGGGAGAAACUAAUUGAUGCUAUGGUGUGGAAAGAUGCUGCCACUCAAAUAUUUUUCUCUUUAUCUGCUGCAUGGGGCGGUCUGAUUACUCUGUCUUCCUAUAACAAAUUCCAUAAUAACUGCUACAGGGAUACCUUGAUAGUAACUUGUACCAACAGUGCCACAAGUAUAUUUGCAGGUUUUGUCAUUUUUUCGGUUAUUGGCUUCAUGGCAAAUGAGCUCAAAGUAGAUAUUGAAGAUGUUGCAGACCAAGGUCCUGGGAUUGCCUUUGUGGUUUAUCCUGAAGCCUUAACCCGGCUUCCUCUUUCACCUUUUUGGGCUAUAAUCUUCUUCUUGAUGCUUCUGACACUUGGCUUGGACACCAUGUUUGCCACUAUUGAAACUAUAGUGACAUCAGUUGCAGAUGAGUUUCCAAAGUAUUUACGUACUCACAAAGCUCUGUUCACGCUUGUAUGCUGCAUUUGCUUUUUCAUCAUGGGCUUUCCUAUGAUCACUCAGGGUGGGAUGUACAUGUUGCAGCUCGUGGACACUUAUGCAGCAUCUUACUCUCUCGUUAUAAUAGCCAUCUUUGAACUUGUUGGAAUUUCAUACAUUUAUGGCUUGCAAAGAUUUUGUGAAGAUAUUGAGAUGAUGAUUGGAUUCCAGCCAAGCAAAUUCUGGAGGGUCUGUUGGGCAUUUGUGACCCCAACUAUUUUAACAUUCAUCCUUUGCUUCAGCUUCUAUCAGUGGGAACCAAUGACUUAUGGCAGCUAUCACUACCCGGGCUGGUCUAUGGUACUUGGAUGGCUGAUGUUGGCUUGUUCUGUUAUCUGGAUUCCAAUUAUGUUUGUGAUAAAAAUGCACAUAGCUCCUGGCAAAUUUAUUGAGAGACUCAAAUUGGUCUGCUCUCCACAACCAGACUGGGGGCCAUUUUUGGCUAAACACCGUGGUGAACGCUACCAGAAUAUGAUAGACCCACUGGGAACAUCGUCCCUCGGACUUAAACUGCCACCGAAAGAUUUUGAACUGGGGAGCCAGUGCUAGUAAUUUCCCUACUUUGUGACCACAUUGUAUAGUCAUUCCUUUGAGCUUUCUUUCUUUCAUUGUCCCUUUUUAUUCUUUUUCACAGUGCCUGAAAGUGAUUGUUCAGGAAAUAGGAUUCAUCAUUGUAUGCUUAUAGUAGAGAACCACAGUGACCACUUUAAGUACUGGAUUCUAGUGUGUUUGUAUGCACACAUACCCAGUGGUGUCCACGAAAAAGUAGUUUCACUGUGAAAAAAUGGAUGUGAAUCAGAUGCACAGGGAAAUGGCUUCCAUCAGUGCCAGGCCAAUUAUGCUCUUCACAAUUAAUUGACAUAAUCUACUUUUGUUACAGUCACAGGGGUGGGUUGUAAGUUUCUGGCGCCAUAUCUGGGCAUCCCAUGAGCACUCCCUCUCAUUCAGCUGUGCUGAGGAACAAGGUGGUUGGCAAAUGUAUGUCACAUACAGAAGAUCACUAGAUGGAGGCUGUAGCCGUAGCUUUUCAUCUUAUUGCUGGAUUCCAAAAAUCUGAUUUUCAUCACAGAAUCAAUCAAGCAUAGGUAUUCCUGUAACCUAUUUCACAACAUGCAAAAAUCAGUAAAUGCAGGACUAUGGUAGUAGUGGGCAAGUGGCUAGGUUUCCCUUGAGGGGAUGCAAAGCUGCAACAAUUUGUUUACCUGCUCUGUGUUCAUUGAUUUUAAAGGAAAUUAAAUUGGGCCCUAAGGGGCCAUUGGGGAGCAGGUGUCUUGAUGUGUAAAACUAUCCAAUGACAACAACCAAUUGAUCAGGCUACCAUCUGGGCAAAUCUAUUUCAUAUCUAUUUGCCCUGAGUUGCAACAAACAGUUGCUUUAAGGAACUGCUUAAAGGCAUGUGUGACUGUAAAUUCUGGAUCUACAGAUAGGAUAAGUUGCCUUAUACCUUAUUGCCCGUUGAACCCACCUCUACCAAGCAUGACUGUUAGCAAAUAAUGAAUUGAAUCUCUCAGGCCAAAGCCUUUCCCAGCCCACAAUGUUUUUUAAUUAUGAUGCUAUGGUUUGAAUAUGAAGCAUCGUACAUGAAAAAGUGCUGCUCUUUUACUGAACAAUGCCCCCCAUCCUGAAAUUAUCAGGACAAUCACAUACAAAAUUGAUAUGCUGAGCAUAUAAAACAAUAGAGUAUUGCAAGAUGCAGCUCAGAAUUGUAUUGGGCACAUGGGACUAGAUUCCCACAUCUGUAAUGCUAGGUGUAAAAAUGGAGGAUCUCCACCAAAAGUUAACUGAAUCAAGCGCCUGGUGUUUAUAACCACAGGAGCUGAGUGUGGCUCAGUGAUUCUGCCAAUAUGUCUUCCGUUUGAGAGCUGCUAGUUACAAUGGCACAGGUUGUUUUGCUUUGCAACAAAAGCAAGAAGGCAGCCUCUCAAUAUAGUGCACUAAUAUGAAAUUAUACUUGGCAGUGCUGUAGAGAAAGAUUAACAAGCCUUUCAGGCUCUGUUAAAGACAUUGGGUGGGGGGGAGGAGGAAACAAUCGGAAGAGCAUGAUAAAACGAAUUGUGUGAAACAAAGCUGUAUCUGUGAAAUCUGACAUGAAAGUGUGCCAAACAAAGACAGAUGGGCACACCUGUCUUAAUUAAUUUCAUGCAUUUUAGUUAAUAAUCUGCUAGGUUUUGUUUUUUAUUAAAUGCUUCAGUUCUUCCUUAAAUCUUCAUUUUAUUGAUAAAUUGAGGGGGGAAAUCCAAGCCCUAUUUUAAGUCCCACUCAUGUUUCCCAUUUGCCCACACCUGAUUUAUAAUCUGUCCUUUUCAAGAACCCAUCUUAUAAUUUAUACCUAACUUUCUAUUCUUCUGGUAGUGUAAAUCUCCUAGCUUCCACAUGCAAGACACUUGUUUGCAUUCAGCUGUUGUUGUUCAGCUAUGUGCUAUGCCACUGCUCUUUUCUUACAAAGUUCUUUAUACAGUCUUUCAAUGUAUCCUCUUUCAGCCAGCAGGGUGGAUAAAAUAACUGAACCCUGAAGUUAGUCUAUAUAGUUGUUGAUGUUAUAUCCAUGCGCACUUUUGUAAAGACAGAUUCUUCCUCCAAACAAUAAUCUGAGGUGUAUAUACUUUGCCUUUACUGCUCUUGUGGCCAUUUCAAAAUCCCUCCCUAUCUUGUGGUCAUUCCAAAAUCAUAAACCACCAACUCACAUUGCAAAGGAAAUGGGGACAGUGUAAAGCAAGAGAGAGCAAGAGUUUAGCUGCUUGGCACAUCAGUCAUCAACAAAGCUCCAUUAUGUUAUCUGCAUGCGCUACAUACCAUAGCAUUGCACUGUGCACAGUGAUAUAUAAAUAUUAACCUUAAAUAGUUUUUAUCUAACAAGUAGACUGAAAGUACAGCUUGUGAGAAUACAUUCAAUGAACUCCAUAGAAAUAACCCGUUUAUUAUAAAUGCACUAUACAUGAGGAAGAAAAAUAAUUGGCAAGACUGUAACCUUUAGUAUCCUCUUGUAUCCUAUACAUGCGUAUAUCAGGUUUGAAAAAGUUAUCAGUGUUCACGUAGUGUGUACUAGUGCUGUUAUAUGUCCCUAUGAAAUACUUUAGCAACCAGUGUAGAGAUGGUGAGUUUUAGAGUAGUUCUGCUUGUUUCUUUCCUUCCUUCCAGUGUUCGUAGUAACCAAUCUAACCGUACUUCCUUUCAGGGAACUGUCUAUAUCAUAGCCUUCCUUUAGUCUGUCCGUCUUCACAUUACAGGGUCUCAGGUAACUCUUGAGUUUUAAAAAAUCUGUGUCUUGUAGAUGUGCCGCUUUCAUCCUAUUGGGUAAAAAUUCAAAUUUUAAAAAAUGCAAACAAAAAUACUAAACCUUUAUGUAGUUUUAAAAUAUAUAUUUAUUUUGUGUGUAUAUGUAUAUAUAUAUUUAAAAAUUAAUACAAAUGAAGGGUACAAUCCAGCCAAGUUAAGAACCUUUUCAUAUCCCGUGCAAAAAUAUUACUUAUUAAAAGACAUGGGAGUUAAAUGUGCUUAACUCUGGCUAGGUUUUGCUGAACUUUCUCUUCCAUGAGGCAAAUAGUGUUGCCAGUUCUGUGCUGCUGCAGGAUGACUGUCAAUCCAUUGGCAGCUAUUGAAGCACAAUCAACUUGCCAUCAAAUUAAAUGGAAAACAGAUUUUUAAAAGUAUUGUUAACCCCACUCCCCCCAAACUAGAUAAGCUAAAUCUUCUGGAAUCUCUUCCAAAACUGCUCCAAUGAAAGGAAUGGGAUUUGUCCAUAAGUAUUCCACAGAACUGAACAAGCUAUAUGUCAGUAGGUUGUGCUUUGGGAGUUUUCAAUGGUCCUCAAAUAGCUUGAAGGAUCAAGACUAUAAAUGUCCCACAAGCUUACCAGCAUCCCCGUAGUGCUGGGGGCUGAUGCAGUGGGAAUCUGCUAUUCCACAUUUGUUCUGAGAUUUAUUCUUUCUGUCUGAGCUCUGCUUUGAAGAGCCACCUCUUGCUCUUGGCAUAAUGAAUUUCAUAAACAUGAGCUGGAAAUUAGCUUUUGUAAACAUCCAUGGCUGGGGAAUAAAAAUCUGUUGCAAGGUAAAUGAUGAGCAUUCUUUUCUAACCAGGGGGGUGGAGAAAAGAACAAUACUACAACCUAGUAAUCUUCUGCUUGUAUUUAUUGUAUUGGAUAAUUUUCCCAUUUGUUUUCAAUGUGCUUUUAUUUUAGUAACUCAAUCCACUACUGAGUAGGCUGCAUUUCAGCAGUAAUUAAAUAAUUUAAUAUAUUACUUUUAAACCUGACUAGUCAGCUACCUGCUAAAAAGAAUACUCCAAGUAGCAUGCUAAGAAAACUAAAACCAAUAAACAUUUAUCAAACAAAAUCAACAAUAAAAAGGAUAAUUGCCAUCUCUUCCCCCUCCUAAUUUUAUUUUAAGGGGGCUUUGCAGAUCUCUAGAGUAGUUUCUGUGAUCAUUCCAAGUCUUAUUGGAUGAAAAUUCAGCUUUUAAGAUAAGAAGGUAAUAUUUGUGGUGCAAAUAUUCUUUUUUAUGUGACCCCCCCCCACACACACACAUAUUUGUGAACUUUCCCUGUUCUAAGUUCUAUGUUCUUUGCAUAUUACUAGAAGCAGUGGAAGUCAAGCAAGCCUGGUGAUUGUAAUAGGAACCACUGCAGUAUCUGUAUGAACAGAAAUAUACAUACUAGGAUUUAACAUAACUUGGUAACAAUCUGACCAAAUCAAAGCUAAUUUUAAUUGGAAAAUUAAGUAAUGCUUCUUUGUUUCCAUUUAAACUUAACAUGGGAUAAAUUCUAGUUGCUUUUAAACAGAAACUGCAGAUUAUGGCUUGAGUCCUCCAUUUCCCAAGACUGUGUGUGUUUAAGUUCCAAGACUAUUUAUAUGACUUUUAAAUAUUUAUUACCUAUUUUGAAAAUAUAUACCCUGACUUUCUGCCACCAAAGGCAGCUAACGGAUUUAAAACAUAUUAAAAACAUACCUUAAAAACCAUUAAGACCAAACAAUAACACAUCAAACAAUUAAAUACAAGUUAAAAUCUGCACAAAAUACAGUAAAAUACACAUACAUACAAACAACUAUUUGUAUGCAUAUAUGUGCAGGAAGAAGGGAAUUGCUGAGGGAACACCAGGUAAAACAAAAAAUGUCUUCAGCUACUGGCAGAAGACAGCAACAAAAAGGGACAGAUAAGUCUCCCUGGGGAGAAAGUUGCAGAGUUUUGGUGCCACAACUGAAAAGGCCCUCUCUCAGGUGGUCACUUCAGAAGGCAGGAGCACCUGAACUAGGGGCUCAGAAGAUGAAUGUAGUAGGUUCAUAAAAAAGCAGACAGUUCUUCAGGUAUGCUGAUCCCAAGCCAUGUAUGACUUUAAAGGCCAUCACCAACACUUUAAAUUGUGCUUUAAAGGCAAAUUUGUUGGAAUAGAAAUUAAUUAUUUUCCUCCAAUUAUUGAUAAUCAAGUUAGAGUUGAUUUAUGUAACCCACAGGCUUGUUUCUGACUCCUGCAUAUACCCCUGGUAAUCAUAUGCACUAGCACUACCCACAUGAUUUAGCUUUUGGUAUACAUUGGCUAUUGCUCAAAAAAUGGCAGUGGGACAAGCCAAUGACUGACUUCUCUGUUCUGUAGAAGCAGCAGACAACAAGAUCAUCACAAGAGUCUGACUACCGUAUCAAUUGGCGCUUAAUGCCAUCUGUACAAACAUUCUGGGGGACAUGAGAAAUGCAACAUGUAAUCUGAGAAUUGAAAACGUAUAAUCUGAAAAAGUAUCUGCAGUGGCAUAAAACAUCACAUUCUAUCACACUGUAAAGUUAGCAAAAAUAACUAUUUUGAAAUGUCUGUUUUUCUAAUUGUAGUAAUUUUCCAUUGAAUUUGAUGGCAAAACCUUUCUUGACAUGAAAUCCAGAGUUGAGUGUGCUCCACAUAGACAGUCUACCUUUCGUUUCUGUCUAAUAUCUAAAGAACGAAAUCUAGAAAAUCUUUUAAAAAUCCAUUUUAAUUGAUUUGGCCCCUUAAAAGUAAAGGAGUUUGAUCAUUUCGAAAUUUAUCAAGCAUAGUAUAUGAAUUUAAACUACCAAAUAUUCUGCAUAUAUCUUAGCUGUUUGGAUUAUCUGAUAGAGACUGCACAUAUAUUUAAAAUCACUUGCUGAACACAAAAGUAUUUUAGUAACUAUAAUUUUCAAAGUGUAAAAGAAUGAAAAAAGCCAUAUUUCCAGACAGGUGACAUAUCAAUUUCUAUAACUGUAGAACCUGCAAAUAAAAAAAGAGUAAAAGUCUAAUGGUGAACUAUCUUUGUCUAACAAAUUUUGUCUAACAAAUAAGGCUAACUUUUGAAUAAGCCAUCUGCACUAUUGUAUAUUUAAGAAUUAUAUUUGAGGCAGAAAUAUUCCACCUUCAAAUUGUUUAGGGUCAUAUGUAUAGUACCUGUGUUUCUAUGUGAUAUAGCAGCACUUUGUUUCCAAAAGGAGGGUUUAACAAAAUGACUUUUGACAUAAAGGCAUGGAAUGUUAGGCUGAUGCUUCAUUUGGAUCAAGAUACUGUAUCUGACAGGUUCUGCUCCACUGAUUGGAUAGACAUGCUUCUGCACUUAAAAGAAAAACCUUCAUUGUUUCUUCUUUACUGUAGUUUCUUUCCCCAUAAAAUACCAUUUAACAUUGAUGAGCCUCCCCUCUGCUCACUUAUACCUUUUUAUAUACAUGCACGUUUAUGGCUUAUCAUGGUCUCUUACUAAGAUUACUGCUUAUUUCAUGCAGAUGCUGCUUUUUAUUUCCUAUUAAACUGCACCUUUUUGCAGGUUUCCUGUCUCAAAUGAAGAAAGAAAAGAAUAGGAUGUUGAUGCUUUCUCCUUGCAGGCACAGCAGGUGUUCCUCUGUUACACGGAGAGGUUAAUCCAGCAGAUGCUGCUAUACAACUUUCAUCCCUUUAAAUGUGGCCUGACGGGAAGAAUACCACCCCAAUCUCCCAUAAGUCACACUGAAAUGAAUUGAGGGGAUGUGCAGCAGUGGUGGAUUGCUCCCAAGAAGUGCUUUAAGCAGAAAUGCUAAAUGUUGCCACUGACCUGGUGUGUUUAUGAGAUUCUGUUUUACUAGCCUGUAGCUAAACCCUCUGCGCAUAGUAAACUGCGCAUUACUGACAUGGCUGAAACUUAGCAUUCCAUGGGACCUAUACUACAGACUUCAGAGAGAGGGGAGAAAAAAUGCUUUUAAGAUACUUAUGGUUUCUGCCUUUGUCACUCUCAGGCAGCCGAUAACCAAAGAAAAUGCAAGCGCGUGAGAGAGAGAGGAUGUGUGCUAUUGAUGGGUUGAAUUUAAAAUGUGAUAGCUGGGCUGGACCUUAUUGCUUGCAAUAGUAUGAUUUGCCCACCAUGUUUUAAAUACAUCUUCAGGUAACCAUUUGCCUUAUAGGUGUAUUUCACUGUUAGGUAUAAAAUUAGUGUUUGACUAGAAUAUAUUGUUGUCCAUCACCUAGAGUAUAUAGUGUAUUUUGUGUCUUCUAGGCACUUUAUUGUGAACCUAUCAUGGAAUAGGUUAAUUCUUAAUUACUUGCGUAAUGUCAUAAAUACUUACAUGCAUUCUUCAGGGGUACUGCUGCCUAUGGAUAAAGAUAUGUACCCUAAUCAGGAUAUUAUAUUUUCUCCAUGUAUAAGCUAAUGGAAAAAAGAAUAUAUUAUGUUUCAAAAGAUGCAUACCGUAUAUAUACAUACAUAUAUAUCUUAUAUAGCACCUAUGAUAAUAUACAUUAUUCAUUUAAGAAGUCAUUAUUCUUGAGGCCCUACCUCAAAUUUUGUAUUUAUGUGUACAAAUGCAAUUUACUGUAUUAUAUAUUUGCCUAUUAUAUUCUGAUGUUACAAAAUAGAGUCUAUCCUAUAAUGUAUGAGUUCAGGAAAAAUAAAAAAAAUAAAUGUCUAGUGUUUAAAAGAUA